AUGGGCGCUCCUGACGUUGCAGCGCAGCCCGGCGCUGGCUGGGACGAGGCGCAAUGUACAGCAGCACUCGCGCAACUGGAGCAGCUCCAGGCGCAGAUCAGCGACAUGCGCCUAGCCAUCCCCCGCAUCAUCGAGCCCUUCCACCGCCCUCGCAGUUCCGCGACGUAUAAACUCUACGCUGACGGCGUACUCGGUUCACAGAAGAACCUCGAUUCCCUCAAGAGCCAGUGGAAGUCACCAGAAUUACAGAGCACGUUCGAACACGUCAAGCAGAGCCUCGGCGCAAAUGCGGAUUUGUCGGAAAGCGUCUCGAUACCUUCUCAUGGCUGGACGGAAAGAGCACGGAAGGCGAAGGAGUCGACGAAAAAUCAGGGAGGGGACAAUAAAGAGGAUACCGGUGCUAUCGUCACUGACGAGGAUAUCGAGAGGAUUGUGGUCGAGUUCAGGAAGGCGCAUCCGAAUCUCAAGGUGGAGACAAAUGAUGAGGAUCGCAGCAUCCAGACACGCUUCGUAUCCGGCUCCGUCAUGUUGAAAUUCCGCGUUGGCAUCGAGCGCGACACGAACGGACGGCACAAACUCAACGCAGAGUGUUUGGGGACUACGGAGCCCUUUUUAGCUAUCACAAGAUGUAUUGCAUCACGGUCGAACUCAGAUGAUUUGAAGUAUCUUUUGGAUAUGAUUGCUGCGUACAAGACUGUGAAAGGAACGUCGUGUGCCAAAUGCGGAAAACUUCUGGAUGACUCGGCGUUGACGCCUACCGCGAGACGAAGUAAACAAGUUGCCGUCGGAAACGAAAGUCCAGAUACGGUCUGGGUGGCACUCCACGAGGCUUGCAUUGAGUAA